AUGGCUGCCUCUCGACGGGGAGCCGUACUUGCGAGGGGAUCGAUGGUGCGCAUGGUGUGGGCGGCGGCGCGGAAUCCCGCGGGGCUGCGUGGUAGUGGCUACCGGAGCUGCAAACGACGACGGCGUCGGAGACGGGUCGCCACUCGUCACCCAUGCUACAACCGGGAAGCUGAGGAGAGGAGCAGCGCAACAUCGGGCAGCCAAAGCUCCGUCGCCACCACGUGCUGCGUCGUAACAACUUCGUUGCCACCGCGUGAUUCGUCGGAGCACCUCGCCGCCAUCUCGUUGUGCUGCAGUGAAACUUCGUCGGCUCCCAUCGGGUGCGGAGGGGCUGCAGUGAAGCGCCGUGAUGGUCGUCGGAGCUCCGGGGAGGUUGCAAUGAAGCGUGUCGAAGCUGCAGUGAAGCGCCGCCGUGGUCGUCGGAGCUCCGGCGAGGUUGCAAUGAAGCGUGUCGAAGCUGCAGUGAAGCGCCGCCGUGGUCGUCGGAGCUCCGGCGAGGUUGCAAUGAAGCGUGUCGAAGCUGCAGUGAAGCGCCGCCGUGGUCGUCGGAGCUCCGGCGAGGUUGCAAUGAAGCGUGUCGAAGCUGCAGUGAAGCGCCGCCGUGGUCGUCGGAGCUCCGGCGAGGUUGCAAUGAAGCGUGUCGAAGCUGCAGUGAAGCGCCGCCGUGGUCGUCGGAGCUCCGGCGAGGUUGCAAUGAAGCGCGUCGAAGCUGCAGUGAAGCGCCGCGGUGGUCGUCGGAGCUCCGGUAAGGUUGCAAUGAAGCGCAUCGAAGCUGCAGUGAAGUGCCGCGGCAGUCGUCGGAGCUCCGGCGAGGUUGUAAUAAAGCGUCGACUACCAUAGACUUCGACACCACCGGAGCUGCAAUGUAGCGGGCACGACGAUGCCGGAGCUGUGAUGCAGUGGUUGUGUCGCUGCCGGAGAUACGAUGCAGCGUGCAACGCUUGCCGAGCGGCUGUCGAAGCUGCAAUGCAUCGCUCGCGACGCUGCAGAGAGGCCACCGGUGCUUUGAAGUGGCAGUUGUCGGUGGCUUGCUGCUGUGAUGUAGCAUCAACAGCUGCGGCGAAGCAUCAUCGAGCCUCCGGUGAUGCAUUGAAGCACCGCCCUGAUGGAUCUGACGCGAGAGAAGGAUGCGAAGCUAGAAAAGAAACACACGUUGAUGUAGUCCUGCAAGCCGAUGGCCAUGCACGCGCUGAAUUAGAUGGCUGGUUAGCUGUGGCCGGUGUGGCUGCUUCAGAUGGGAGGAUGGCCGUUGACGACGAGCGAUGGAGUGGGUGCUGCGCUGCAGCGAUCAGGGUCAAUUUUUGCAGCUGUCCCUGCUCUCCUCCACUGGCGCAAAUCGAACAGCCGCGCGAGCCUCAUCCAAUGACUGACAAGGCAGUUUACAAUUGCAUCGCGUCAGCCGGAUGACGCCUAGCAGCGGCCAUUAGCAAAGGGCCGUGCGUGGGCAGCAAGGCUGCGUACGCGGGCCGACAUGGCACCUUUGUGGGGCGUGCCGUGUCAGGCACGAUUACAGCGGGCCACUGGCCCGGGCCGGCUCAUUUGGCCAGCUCUGCUCGAAGAGGCUAGUGAACGGACUUUUGUCUCAUAAAAAAAAAUAGUGAACGGAUUUGUCCGUGCUAAGUACACUACUCCUGAACUCCAGUUUUUUCUAACCCCAAAUUGUGCUCCUCUCAAAUUCUCAAUCCCCAAACCAGAUCGACAGCGGAGAUGGAAGGGAAGAGAGCGCCGGCGGCCGCCCCAGCCGUCAUCUCGGCCGUGCUCGACGACGACGACCUCCUCGGUAACUGAAAUCAAUGGUAUCAAACGCCAUAACCAGUGGAGGGCUGGAGGCAGCAGAUAAUGCAGAUGUGGGUCUGUCAUAGUACCAGCAGAUCCACAGCGUCCCAUUCUACCAGUUUUGCAUAUUGUUGUAAGAUGAUACCAACUUACCAUGUUGACUUAUGCAGCUGUUAGCCUUUACAUGCCUGCUUUUAUAUGUACUGAUGAUGCUUCUGCUAGAUCAGUGCAACUCUUGUAUAUGUAUGCCACUUUCUGCUGUGUA